AUGGGUUCCUCGAUAGACUACGAAAUCUCCGCCAUAGCCCUCCUCCUCCUCCUCUGGGUCGCCUGGGCAAUGACGACGGAGCGCCGCCACCACCGUAUCGAACAGCUCGGCCGCCUUCCUCCAGGCCCCCGCCCGCUCCCGCUCGUCGGCAACAUCUUCCAGCUGGGCUGGUCUCCGCACAAGUCAUUGGCCCACCACGCCCGAGCCCACGGCCCAAUAAUGACCCUCUACCUCGGCUCCAUGUGCACCGUCGUGAUCUCGUCCAAACAAGCCGCCCGCACCAUGUUCAAGAGCUACGACGUCGUCCUCGCCGGACGGAAGAUCUACGAGUCCAUGAAGGAACCCAAGAGCCGCGACGGCUCCAUCAUCACGGCCCAGUACGGCCCCCACUGGCUCAUGCUCCACCGCCUCUGCACCGUGGAGUUCUUCGUCGGCCACCGGCUAGACGCCACCCAGCCCGUCCGGAGCCGGUGCGUGGAGCGGAUGAUCCGGUUCAUCGACGAGGCCCGGGCCCACGAGCCAGCUGUGGACCUGGGCCGGUUCAUUUUCCUGAUGGCGUUUAACCUAAUAGGGAACCUCAUGUUCUCGAGGGACUUGCUGGACCCCAAGUCCGAGAGAGGGGCGCGGUUCUUCCACCACGCCGGGAAAGUGAUGGAGUUCGCCGGGAAGCCCAACGUGGCGGAUUUCUUCCCGGUUCUGAGCCCGUUCGACCCGCAAAGGAUCCGGAGGAACACCCAGUUCCAUGUGGAGCGCGCGUUCGAGAUUGCCGGGGAGUUUAUCGAGGAGAGGACACGUGGAGAUCAUAGUGGCGGCAGCGACGUGGACGACGAGAAGGGGAAGGAUUUUUUAGACGUGUUGCUGGGUUUCCGCGGGGAAGGAGUUGACGAGCCGGCCAAGUUUUCUUCUAGGAUGGUCAACGUCAUCGUCUUUGAGAUGUUUACGGCAGGUACGGACACAACUACGAGCACAUUGGAAUGGGCCAUGGCGGAGCUCCUCCACAACCCAGAAAAGCUACACAAGGCCCAAUCCGAGCUAAGGGUAGUCGUCGGCCCAAGCCAGAAACUUAAAGAACAAGACAUCCCUAAUCUACCGUACCUUAAAGCCAUCAUCAGCGAAACGUUGAGGCUCCAUCCACCAUUGCCCUUCCUCGUCCCGCACAUGGCCAUGCAGCCAUGCAAGAUGCUAGGGUACUACAUCCCCAAAGAGACCCAAAUCCUAGUGAACGUUUGGGCCAUUGGCCGAGACCCGACCACGUGGCCCGACCCACAUGAGUUCAAACCCGAGAGGUUCUUGGACUCCGAUGCAGUUGAUUACAAAGGACAAAAUUUCGAGUUCAUACCGUUUGGGUCGGGGAGGAGGAUGUGCCCGGCUGUGCCGCUUGUUUCUCGGGCUUUGCCCUUGGCGUUGGGCUCAUUGUUGCAUGAGUUUGAUUGGGCUUUGCCUGAUGGGCUUAAGCCCCAUGAUUUGGAUAUGAAGGAAGGCCGGGUGACAAAUAAUAGCAUCUGCUAUUCGCCGUUGCCCCAGCACAAGUCCAACGAUCAGCUUCCAGACACUACAGCCACCGCCUUGUCUUUUCUCGGUCUCCGUAAUCACAGUACUCCAGAGAAAUUCCAUUUCUCCUCAAUCAUCAUGAUCUCGCCACAUCACUACUGGUCAACGCUAUGGCCAGCUAACAUCCUCUUGCUUCUCACCCUGCCGGCGCUACUCCUCCUCCUCCUCACCCGCCGCCGCCGCCCCAACCUCCGCCACCCUCCCGGCCCGCCGGGGUGGCCGGUGAUCGGCAACAUCCUCGACCUCGGCACCAUGCCCCACCGAUCCCUCACCGCCAUGCGCGACGCCCACGGCGACGUGGUCCGCCUCCGGCUCGGCUACUCCAAGAGCGCCGUCGCCAUCCUAUCCACCUCCGCCGCCGCCGACUUCUUCAAGAACCACGACCUCGACUUCGCCGACCGGACCGUCACCCAGAUCAUGAAAGUCCACGGCUACGACCGCGGCUCCGUCGCCCUCGCCCCCUACGGCCCUUACUGGCGCGUCCUCCGCAGGCUCGUCACCGUCGACAUGCUCGUCGCCAAGCGGAUCAACGCCAGCUACCCCGUCCGCCGCAAGUGCGUCGACGACAUGAUCCGGUGGAUCGGCGACGAGUCCGGGUCCGAGAUCCAGGUGGCGAGGUUCGUGUUCCUCACCACGUUCAACCUCCUGGGGAAUCUGAUGCUGUCGAGGGACCUCCUCGACCCGAAGUCGGCGGAAGGCAAGGAGUUCUUCACGGCGAUGAUGGGGCUGAUGGAGUGGGGAGGCCAUGCCAACGUGGCCGACAUCUUCCCCGUGCUGAGCUGGAUGGACCCACAGGGUUUGGUCCGGAAGAUGCGGCGGGAUCUCGGGAAGGCGCUGGAGAUCGCCUCGAGAUUCGUGAGUGACAGGAUCGAGGACGGCAAGGGCAUGAAGAAAGAGUGGGACAAGAAGGAUUUCUUGGACGUGUUGUUGGAGUUUCGAGGGAACGGCAAAGACGAGCCAGAGAAGAUUGCACAUGGAGACAUCAACAUUUUCAUCCUCGAGAUAUUUUUGGCCGGAUCGGAGACGACGAGCAGCACGACGGAGUGGGCCCUGACGGAGCUACUCCGCCACCCGGAGUCGAUGGCCAAAGUCAAGACCGAGCUGAGAGAGGUGGUCGGACCGGACCGGAAGCUGGAGGAAAGCGACAUCGACAGCCUGCCCUUCUUGCGGGCCGUGGUGAAGGAGACUUUCAGGCUGCACCCGCCGAUCCCGCUCCUGGUGCCACGUAGGGCGAUCAGGGACACGAAGUUCAUGGGGUACGACAUCCCCAAGGACACGCAGGUCUUCGUCAACGCCUGGUCGAUCGGGCGCGACCCGGACCAGUGGGUGGACCCGUGUAGCUUCAAACCGGAACGGUUCUUGGACUCGAAAGUCGACUACGCGGGCCAGCACUACCAGUUCUUGCCGUUUGGGGCUGGAAGGAGGAUGUGUGCUGGCGUGCCGCUAGCACACCGGGUGCUUCACUUGAUACUCGGCACCUUGCUUCACGAGUUCAGUUGGGAGUCGAAGGUGGAUCCUAUGAGCCUGAACAUGGACGAUCGUUUGGGGAUCACUAUGAGGAAGUCGGAGUCGUUGAUGGUUGUGCCGACUAAGGACAAGAUCAUGUGAUGGUGGAGAGUACCAAGUCAGAAGGGGGUUGUUAAGAAGAAAUAAUAUAAUAUAUAAGUUUUUUCAAAGCAUCUUAUAUAUGUACAAUGAUAUGUUCUCUAAUAUAUAUAUUAGAUGCUCUGGGUAAUGACAAAUGAUCUGCAACAUUGCUCCAUACAUUAAAAUUAAGGUUUGCUUAAG